AUGUCUCCGCCUAGAGCCACCAGCAACUCUUAUUUCUCCAAUGCCCCGAGCUCUACCCAAAGCGAUAGACAGAGCGGUGUAACAGUCAAACCCGUUGAAGAUAGAGGGACAAAGGUGAGAGAGACUUAUCCAAUUCUAGACAGAUCGAACAAAUACGAUCAAAGCAAAGCAAGAGGACCAAAACCCAUUCCAAGAUCCAUCGGCCCCACACGGAAUCAUGAUGCUCAUGAGUAUGAUAAUAUUAAUAGGCGUGAAGUGGAUCCAGGAGAAAGCGUUAGCCAAAUUUCUGGAGGGUCUCAACCAAGCAACGCAACAAGUCAUGGUUUUACUUCUCGUGAAGCUUAUGAAUUCAAAAAAGAGCUGAAAAGAAGAGAUAAGCAAUAUGAAACAGGCAGUAUAAAGGAAACUGAAGCGCAAAAGAAAGAGAGAAAAGCGAAAGAAGCAGCGAAAAGAGAAAAGGAAAAAGCAGCGGAAAAAGAAGCAAAAAAGAAGUCAGAUGAAAGAGGAACCAGCGAGCUUGGAAGUUCUCAUAAAUAUGGUUCUGCUCGUAGUUCUGCUCCUACUCAUGUUUCUUCUACUUCUACUGCUAAACCCCCGACUGACCAUUCGUCGCAUGUCAGUAAGCGGCAGAGUCAACAGGGCCAAACGAGCGUGGCUAGAGAAUCUCGCGCACCACGUAGUUCUGCUCCUACUAAUGUUUCUUCUUCUUCUACUUCUACUUCUACUUUUACUACUAAGCCCCCGACUGACCAUUCGUCGCAUGUCAGUAAGCGGCAGAGUCAACAGGGCCAAACGAGCGUGGCUGAAGAAUCUCGCGCACCAUAUUCGCGUCACAGCCAGCAGCUUGCGCGUUACGACGGCGGUCGUGACGAUCCUCGUUGGGCAGAGACGGAGAUAGGUUCAAGGGGAGGUCAGGGUAGUAUACGUGGACAAGGUAGAAAUAUGGAUCCUAACCAUGAUGAUUAUCCCGAACGUGAACACGAACGAAGAGUUCCCGACUCUAGAAAUUUUGAAUACGAAGCACACCAUGCCAGCACACAGGAUAACCAAUAUUCUACACCCGCUGUGCAGGUUAACGUUCAUACUCGUGUUUCUACUUCACUUCGUGUUUCGAGUACGAGUUCAGGUCAUCCACCUAAGCCUCAGCUUGUGCGUAGGGAUACGAAACCUCCUCCUGGAUACUCUUAUCCACCUGGGUACUAUCCAAGUAGGUAG